UUAGUGGUUUCAAGUAUAUUUUAGUAUUGCAGCGUUAGUCGCGAGGUUGAGUCGCUAAUUCAUGCAAUAGGUAAUCAUGAGUAUGCUUGUGCAAGUGCGACAAGGUAAGUUGUGUGGCGUCAAAGAAAAAAAUAUAUAUGGCAAAGAAUUUUAUGCGUUUCGGGGGAUCCCGUACACAAAGCCGCCGAUUGGAGAAUUAAGAUUCAAGGAUCCAGAACUACCAGAAUCUUGGACUGGAGUGAGAGAUGCUAAGAAAUUUGGAAAUAUAGCAUUACAAUAUGAUAAUGCAUCACAGAAAGUAAUAGGAAGCGAAGAUUGUCUUUUCUUAAAUAUCUAUACAAACACUUUGAAUCCAAUGGCAUCAAAAUCUGUAUUGGUAUGGAUCCAUGGUGGUGCUUGGAUCAUGGGUUCUGGUAAUGAUGACAUGCACGGACCAGAUUAUUUGAUGGAAAAAAAUAUCGUCCUAGUUACAAUUAAUUAUCGACUUGGUAUACUAGGUUUUCUCAACUUGGAUGAUGAAACAGCUGCUGGAAAUCAGGCAUUGAAGGAUCAGGUCAUGGCAUUGAGAUGGGUACAACAAAAUAUUGAUAAAUUUGGUGGUGACGUGAAAAAUGUUACGAUUUUCGGAGACAGUGCUGGAGCGGCAUCGGUGCAUUAUUUAACACUAUCACCUUUAGCGAAAGGAUUAUUUCACAAAGCUAUAAUACAAAGCGGCGUGGCUACUAAUCCAUGGGGAACUGCGCCAUAUUCUGGAGUUGAAACUGCAGUAAAGAUAUCUUUGCUACUGGGAAAGAAAAUAACUGACACUAAAGAACUUAUCGAAUACUUACGAACUGUCGACGCGACUCGUCUAGUUGAAGCAGAGCGUAUAGUUAGGCCUUGGAAGAAACUUCAUUUACUGGAAAAUCCUUUCGUACCGUCAAUAGAUUCAAAAUCAAAAAAUCCAUUUCUUAAUAUUCCAGUAGAAGAAGCUGCUAUGUUUGGAAUUCAAGUGCCUCAUAUAAUUGGUUAUACAAGUCAUGAAGGAAUUAUUAUUCUUCCAGAUAUGAAUGAAAAAAUCUACGCCGAAGUGGAGGAUAAUCAAGAAGAGUUGUUGCUUCAUCCAAAUAUCAAAAUAUUUCUGCAAAAACGAAAUAUAUCUGUGAAAGAUAUUAAAAAUUUCUUCAUGGGUAAUAAUAAAAUUUCCAACGAGAAUGUCAACUUAUAUGUUGAUUUAAUGAGCGCUGUUAAUUUUCUUAUCAAUAUACAACAUACUUUAGAGACUCAACUAUCGAUUUCAAAUGUACAAUCAUAUGUGUAUAAGUUUGAAUAUUUUUCUAAAGACACUGCAGUUCUUCAAAAAUUAAUUGGCACCAAUUUUGAAGGUACAUCUCAUGGAGAAGAUAUCUUUUUUUUGUUUUGUCCAAAAAUUUUGAAUAAACUUGGAAUGAAACCACCAGCUAUCGGGUCAGCUGAAUAUAUCAUCCAACAAAGAUUCUUAGAGUUAUUUACUACCUUUGCAAAAACUGGAAAUCCGAAUGCCAAAAAAUCAAAUCUAAUUCAGAUUAAAUGGCAACCAGUGGACAGUCCAAUGAUGUACAAUUGUUUGAAGAUAUCCGAAAAUCUCAGUAUGAUUAAAGAAUCAAACAUUUUACACAAUAUAUUAAAAGAAAUUAAAAAAUAAUCGUUUGUUUAUUUCAUAUAAUAAAAAUGAAAUUUUGUUCGUUGGUGAGCGCAUAACUUGACAAUAGCUAGAUCGAUUUGACUGUUUUUUUUUUUUUUUUUUUUUUUUUUUUUUUAUUAUUAAUAUGUU